AUGUUUUUGAAAAUUAAAACUUAUGGCCUCGAACAUACUAAAUGUUAAAUCAAUGAUACAAUGGAAUGGUUGUUCGACAAGAUCCUUCGUGUGGUUUGGAUUGAUACAUCAAUUGAAAAAUUACAGGCUUCUAGAUUAUUAUAUAAUAAGAUUAUUAAAAUCAAAUGUUAAAACACAAUCACAGAUAAAUAAAUUUGUGAUUUGUAUUCAAAUCUUUUAAAAAAAAUCAAAGAAUUAAAAAAUAUAUAGACCUUUAAAUAAAAGGUUCAUAUUAUGAAAAUAGAUUUCAUAUUAUUUAAGCUUCGCGAAAAUUAACAUUUUCCUGAUUUCAAGAAAAAUUGCAAUGUAUGCAAGGUUUGUUAAUAACAUAAAUCAAAGUACUUUUGUGGAGGAUGUUAUUAUUUUACUGGCAAAAGAUGGAGUUUAUGUUUAGAUGGCUGUUUUAGACAAUUUCAUUAGGAUCCUACAAAAUAUUUAAAUAGAAAGAGAAAGAAUUAGAUUAUUUGA